AAGAGCUGUGCUCCUAUUUUCUUUCGUGUAUUACUUUUGAUAACUUCUUUCAACCACUCCCUUUUUAUUAUUUCUCACUCAGUAUCUGGUUAUACACUCUUUCAAUAUGAAGAACUUCGGAGCUAUUUUGAUGGUCUUGGCCACCGGCGCUUCUCUUGGAGCUGCCCUACCUACCCAGCCCAUGCGCGGCGCUGUACAGCCCCGAGGUGUCCCUGUUCCCCGUGGUGCUCUCUACGUUCGAUACCCUAAGAAGAACAAGAACGAGGAAGACGGUGCCGCUAACGCCGAUGCUGCCGAUGCUGCCGCUGGUGGUGCCGCCGGAAAUGGAACAGCUGUUGCCGAGUCCAAUGUAAACAACGGAACUGGCAAUGCUGCAAACGAUGCCAAUGCCAACCAGGGAAACAACCAAAAUGACAACGCCGCCGACGAAGAGGAUGCUGCCGAUGCUCAGGAUGCCGCUAACGGCCAGGAUAAUGCUGACGCUGCCAACGGACAAGACAACGCCAACGCUCAAAAUGGAGCAGCCAAGCAGAACGGCAACAAGAACAAGAACGGUGCCAACAACGCUAACGCCAACGCUGAUGCAGCAGACGCUGCCGAUGCCGCCGACGCUGCUGAUGCCGCUGAUGCCGCUGAUGCUCAAGACAAUGCCAACGCUAAACACGGCGCCAAUGCCCAGAACGGUGCCAAUGCUAAGAACGGUGCCAAUGCCGCUGAUGCCGCUGAUGCCGCUGGUGCCGCUGGUGCUGCCGACGCUCAAGACGGAGCCAACGCCCAGAACGGAGCUAACGCUAAGAAGGGUGCCAAUGCUCAAAACGGAGCCAACGGAGCUGACGCUGCCGACGCCGCUGAUGCUGCUGGAGCCAACGCUCAGAACGGAGCCAAUGCCAAGAACGGCGCCAAUGCUGCUGAUGCUGCCGAUGCUCAGAACGGAGCAGCAGCUAAGCAGAACGGAAACAGCAAGGCCAACGCAGGCAACGUGCAGGCUGCCUCGGUCGACGCGGCUGGUGCCGGUUCUGCCCAGCAGAGCGCAGCCAGCACGCAGAAGGAUGCCGCUGCUUCUUCUCAGGGUGUCUCAGCAAGCGCAGUCCAGGCUCAGGACGCAGCAGGCAGUGACCCAGUCAGCGGUCUCGUCGGUGGCGUUCUCGGUGGUGCCGGUGGUGCCGGUGGUGCCGGCGAUCUCGUCGGUGGCGUUCUCGGUAGUGCUGGCGGUGCCGGCGAUCUUCUCGGCGGUGUCCUUGGUGGUGGCGACGACGCUGCUGCUGGUGGCGCUGCUGCCGGUGGUGCCCAGAGCGGUGGUGCUCUCGGUGGUCUUGGUGGUCUUGGCCAGCUUACCGGUCUCCUACAGGGCCUCCUACCGGUCUAAGCGCAUUUUCUGCGAUAGGUUCUACAGGGGGGUUCGAAUAAUGAGGAUCGUGUAAUAUAGAUAGGGGCAUUAGAUAAGGGUGUUAUUAUUAUGUGCUGCUAU